AUGGCUCUGAUGUUCUUUGUCGUAACUGCCCUGAUAAGCUUUACUCUUUGCUGUGGAAGCCAGUCGUGGCCAGAGUUAAAUCCAGAACUUGAGAAGUACCAAGACAUAUCAAAGUGCUUCCCACUUACGGAGCGUUGGUACGCUAUCUACAGAAACUUUGAGACGGACCCACUUUUCGGCGGCACAGCAAAAUGCAUCAGAUACAUCGAAAGCGGACUUCCAGUGAACGGUGCCCAUUCAAUUCUCAUUGACUUCGGAAACCAAUCUGUCAACACAACCGCGACCUUUGAGUCGUCUGCUGGGUAUAGCGGAAAAAACAUCCUGACUAUUACUCCUGCAGGCGGAAGCACAUCGAUCAUCACGUACGUUGCAUACGUGGAAUGCGACAAGUGCUCCAUUCUUAGAACCACCUACAUCAGCAAUUCUACUUGUGCACUCCUGAAGCCAGAGUCUGAAAUAAACAAGAACACCACCUGCUGCGAUUUUAUUUUCGAUCUUCUUUGUGGUACGUCGCCGAAGUACUACAUCUACGAUGACAGCUGCUAGGUGCAAUAGAACCUUUACUUUUGUCAGCAUAAAUGCUUGGGUUAA